CGGGCGGUGCGAGGCCCUGCGGCUCUCCCCGCCCCCGGACAGCGGGGUCUUGCCGGCUCCGCCGGCGGCGGGGAAGGGCAUGGAGUUGGCGGGAGUCUAUAAAAAGCCGCCGUGAGACGAGGCCCCCGUCCUGCCGGAGCCGCCGGGAGAGGCGGGGGCGCGGCGCCGUCCGGGCACCAUGAUCAACCCCAGCUACUACCCGUGGGGCUACGACGGCGACAACGGACCAGAUCAGUGGCACAAAAAUUACCCAACUGCAAAAGGACGCCAUCAGUCACCAAUUGAAAUCAAUAAUAAAGAGGUGCAUUAUGAUAGUUCUCUACUGCCAUGGUUUGCUAGUUAUGAUCCUGGUGCAGCUAAGACCAUCCUCAAUAAUGGGAAGACCUGCAGAGUUGUGUUUGAUGAUUCAUUCGAUAGAUCAGUGCUGAGAGGUGGGCCACUUCCAGGAGUCUUCAGGCUACGUCAGCUGCACUUCCAUUGGGGCUCCUCUGAUGACCAUGGCUCUGAGCAUGUUGUGAAUGGAGUGAGGUAUGCAGGAGAGCUACACGUGUUACACUGGAAUCCCAAAUACAGUAAUUACCUUGAUGCUAGGAGAAGAACUGAUGGGGUAGCUGUUUUGGCCAUAUUUUUGCAAGUAGGGGAAACUCCUAAACCAGAGAUGAAGAGAAUUCUUGAAGAAAUAAAUGCGAUCAAAACAAAGGGAAAAGAAGCUCCUUUUCCAAACUUUGAUCCUUCAAUUCUUUUCCCGAAAUCUCAUGACUAUUGGACAUACCAUGGGUCUUUCACUACUCCACCUUGUGAAGAGUGUGUCACCUGGAUUAUUCUUAGAGAGCCUAUCAUAGUCAGUUCAGACCAGAUGGCAAAGCUCCGCAGCCUAUCCAAGAAUGCCGAGAAUGAACCUGAUCACCCCUUGGUUGAUAACUGGCGCCCGACUCAGCCUCGGUAUUUCAGGAUGGUGAGCGCAUCAUUCCUCUAGGACCUGGCUCAUGUUGGGUGGCUCCGAGUGAGGCGACCUCUAGAACUAAGAGAUGUUUUUGUUUUGUCCUUUGUUGCAUUUAGACAGAACUCUAGAUGUACAUCUGGAGGCUGAAACUUGAGUGUGAAAUGUGAAUUUCACUUUCAGAGGAUAACAUUCAUUUAGGCAAAUCCUGUUGUUAAAAUGGAAGUAGAGAAUCUGUUUGGUUCUUCAUAACUGCUUUAACAUUAGCUUUUGUUAAUAGUAAAAAGGAGGAAAGAAGAUUCUACUAACAAUUACAAAACAAUUUCCUAUUGCCCACAUGUCCCUUGAUGCUUGCCUUAUUGCAUGCCAAAGAGGUUGCAGUUAAGAGAAUUGUUUUCACCAUUAAAAACUUAUUUUUCAAUAGUUGUUUUCAGCAAUAUCCAUAUCCAGCUCUCAGCUGCACCAGUUAAUGUACAAAGCAUUCUUGGAAAUAAGUGAAAGCACUCUUUUAGUGUUUGAUACUUACAUAAAAUAUGAAAGGAUAGGAAAUUGUAUUAUAAUCAUUGAUAAAGAACUGAGCUUUUAAUUUCUUACAGCAAUGGACAGGUGAAACAGAAGUCUGUUCUGAAAACUGUAUUCACUGAGUUAUAUGUAGUUAAAACAAUGGAAAAGGGAAAGAGCUGUUUCUGUUUGUGUCACAACUGGUUGCCUCUAUUAAAAGACUAAUUUUCCAUUUUAAUGUUGUAGCAGUCAAAGUGACAUGAAUUUUGUGAAGUUGGUCCUCAUAUCUUGAAUAUAUAUUUUCUUCAUGUAUGCAACUGGCUUUUCUGUGUAAAAAGGGUGUUAAAAUAAGAAGAGUCCUUAAUCUUUUUUGUGGGUUUUUUUGAGACAGAUUCUCACUUCAUGGCUGUCAGUGAAAUUUGUGCAUAAAUAUCUGAAACCACAUUUUGGCUCCUGAUCAAAAUGCAGUUGACCAGGAUGUUCUCCUCUCUUGUUUUGGCAUAAACAACAAUGAAACAGGAUUGUAAGCCUACACCUGAAAUAACACUAUUUCUGCAUUAAAAAAUCCAACAAUAAUAAAGAUG